GCUCUAGCUGGGGAGAGCUGACAUGGAAGAGAAAGAGCAGGGGGUGUGAACAGAGUCCGGCCGCCUGGCCGCACCGGGGAAUACUAAUCCAAUCUAGUUCUAGUCAGACACAAGUACCCCAUACGGUAGUUACCAUAUGAAACUGCAGCGAGGAAGUGCCACAGGGGCGCUCACGAGCAGGGUACAUCAGCAUAUCUAGAGAUGUUCAGGGCAAUGCCUUAUUAGUUGCAAUUCUAACGGAUACAAACUACAGGAUAACUGUGGGGACAGUGGAGCGGGACAAAUCGAUUUGCUGCUGGAUCGCUGGUCCAGCUGGGACUUAGCAAUGCCCUGGCUGAGUGGAAGCAGGAGGCGAAGACAGCAGCAGCAGCAACAGGCGGCACAGCAGCCACAGCAAAGCUGCCCAUCACCGGGACCCUCUGCUGGCAGGAGGGAGAGUUCCGAGCUGCCCCUACCCGCUGGCUGGGAGGAGGCCAGGGAUUAUGAUGGGAGAUUAUUUUACAUUGACCACAACACCAGGCAGACCUCAUGGAUCGACCCUAGAGACAGUUCUUGCAAGGAAAAGAGGAAGCUGCGGCAGGAGCAGGCAAAAGGGAGAGUUGGUGCCGGAUCUGCUCUGGCAAUGCCUUGGCUCAGUAGUAGCAGGAGGAGACGGCAGCAGCAGCAGCAGGAAUGCCCAGCUCAGUACCAACCGCCUUGUAGGAGGGAGAGUUCCGAGCUGCCCCUACCCGCUGGCUGGGAGGAGGCCAGGGAUUAUGAUGGGAGAUUAUUUUACAUUGACCACAACACCAGGCAGACCUCAUGGAUUGACCCUAGAGACAGGAUAACAAAGCCUUUGACAUUUGCUGACUGUGUGGGGAAUGAACUGCCAUUGGGAUGGGAAAUUGUUUACGAUCAACAGAUUGGUGUAUACUAUAUGGACCACAUAAACCAGGUCACGCAAAUAGAAGAUCCUCGAGAGCAAUGGAGGAGAGAACAAGAGCGAAUGCUGAAGGAAUAUUUAGUAGUUGCCCAGGAGGCUCUUAAUGCCAAAAAGGAAAUUUACCAAAUCAAACAGCAGCGUUUUGAGUUGGCACAAGAAGAGUAUCAGCAGCUGCAUGACCUCUGCGAGGACGACAGUCGCUCAAACACCAGCUCUUUUUCUGGAUUCUCAGCAAACACAAAGUAUGAUCCCUAUCAAAUUAAAGCGGAAAUAGCCGGUCGCCGAGACAGGCUUUCUAGAUUAAAAAGGGAGCUGACUCUGAUGAAGCAAGAACUGCAGUACAAAGAAAAGGGAGUAGAAACGUUGCAAGAGAUUGAUCGGAAGAUGUCAAGUUCUCACACAAACUAUAAGUUGGAUGAAGCGCAGGCAAUCAUGAGUGAACUAAGAACUAUACGACAAGCCAUUUGCAUGGGAGAGAAGGAGAGACGUGACUUGAUGCAGAGUUUGGCUAAACUGACCGAUGGAUUCAGGAACAGCUGCUGCAUUUCAGACUCAUUUCAAAAUGUCCAGCACACUUCAAGCUCACACAGUGACUCCUGUUUACCUCAGCAAUACUGUGAUGCCUGCUCACAAACUGAAAAUGUUGGAGAGUUUGGCUUUGAUGACAAAACAAAACUUGUGGACAGAGUAAGACUUAACUGGCAAUAUGAAGAAGCAAAGAAAAGAGUUUCCAGCAUACAGCACCAGCUGGCUCUCCUUGAUAAUGAAACCUGGCCAGGAAUGGCAGAGGCAGACCGGGACCACCUCCAGCUUAUCAAAGAGAAAGAAGCUCUACUACAAGACCUACAACUCAUCAGUCAGCAAAGGCGCUCACCUGAAGACCUUUCAAGACUUGAAGAGGAGAAGAGAAGACUGGCAGAUGAGAUUCAGAGAGCUCGUUCAACAUCUUCUCAAGGGGUCACUGAGAGGUUGCUGCUACAAGAAAAGAGAAACUGUCUUUUAAAGCACCUAGAGGAAGCUACUCGCAUAACAUCUUAUUUGCACACUCAGUUAAAAAGUUUGUCAGCUAGCACCCUCACCAUGUCUUCUGGUAGCAGCCGAGGGUCACUGGCAUCUAGUCGUGGGUCCUUGGCAUCAAGUAGAGGGUCUCUAAGCUCCAUAAGCUUUACAGACAUUUAUGGUCUUCCUCAUUAUGAGCAAUCUGAGACCCAAGCUGAGUUUGGUCAACCUCUGCUCUUUGAUAUGAUUCCAUUUGAUGCUCUUGGUAGAGAUGGUCAAUUUGUGGAGUCUUCUGGGCUUCCCAACUUCAAUAAGCAGAAGAUGUCUAUGGAUACUCCUCAGUCAUUGGCAUCCCUGUCAUCAAGGUCUUCUUUAUCUUCCUUGUCUCCUCCAAGCUCCCCACUGGACACCCCAUUUCAUUCUGCUUCUCGAGACUCUCCACUGGCUCAGAUGUCAGAGGAUUUAGAGGGAAUUAUGGGUAUGGGAGCUUUAGAAAAACUUAGAGGACAUGCUCCAUCUCUGUGUGACGAAGAAAACCAAAUAACUUCAUCCAGGAUACAUGGGAACCACAUAGAUAAUAGGUCUCUCAAAGAAACUGGAUUACAGUUGCCAUUUCUUCAGAUGGCUGCAGCAGUCACCAUUCGUGAAGACAGUGCAUUAAGGCUAGAGAGGGACAAGAGGGUGUCUGCUGGUCUUUCAGAUGACUCUCUUGCAAGUGACAGUGGCGUCUUUGAGACAUUAAGUAAAAGGAGUGAAAAUACUGAAGAUGCUAUGUGUAAGAAUUCAGCCAAAAAUGAAGAACCUCAAGUAUAUGUUGGUGUAGUGCACGACAGUGGAAGUGAAUGUCUUCUUGUGCGUGUUUUGCAACUGAAAAAUGUCAGCAAUCUUAGUGUUAAACAAGGGUGCAAAAUACAUAUUAGAGUCUACCUACCAUCACAUGACUCCAGCACACCAAGUAGUUACUGUUCAAAAGCAAUGGAGUUCCAGAUGCCAUUGACAUUUAAUGAAAUUUUCCAUAUACCUUUGCAUUCAAGUGUUUUGAUACCAAGCUCACUGCAGCUUUAUAUAUGUUCUGUGAGCCCUCAGCUUCAGGAGGAAUUACUGGGCAUUGCUCAGAUUAAUAUGGCUGAUGGUGAUGUAUUGAAAGAAAUGCACCUGCUGUGGUACCCUAUCCAGAUGUAUGGCGUCAGUGAGUCCCAGAGAGCUACUGAUGAUGGUCAAAGCCGUGAUGGCUGUGUGCUGCCUGCUGAUACUAUUAGAGAGACCAAAACGGAUGCAGUGUCGGCUCUUUUAGCUCGAACCACAGCUCAGCUGCAAGCCGUGGAACUUGAACUAGAAACAGAAAGAGUGAAGCUGGAGUACACAGAGGAGGAAAUCUUAGAAAUGGAACGGAAGGAAGAUCAGGCUGAAGCCAUAUCAGAGAGGAGCUGGCAAGCAGACUCUGUUGACAGUGGAUGCCAUAGUAAUUGUACGCCGAUGAGUCCACAUUAUUCAGAACCUAUUUAUGGCAAUGCUGUGCUUGAGUCUGAGAGUGCAGAACAGACAGAUCUGUAUGAUUCUAUCAAGAAUGAGCCUGUCAAGGUGGAUAAAGAGACAAACACAGAGGAUACCUUCCCAGAUGAAGUUACAAGUCUCCCAAAAGACAGACGAUGUCGCCGUGCUUGUGGAUCGCCAUUUGUACGCAGCAGCACUAUUGUUCGCUCACAGACAUUUUCACCCGGUGCACGGAGUCAGUAUGUUUGCAGACUGUAUCGGAGUGAUAGUGAUAGUUCUACACUGCCAAGGAAGUCAUCAUUUAUCCGAAAUACACUGGAAAGGCGAACUCUGCGCUAUAAACAGUCCUGUCAAUCUACCAUGGCUGAGAUUAUGGCCAGAACUUCUCUUGACCUGGAGCUGGAUCUCCAGGCAUCCAGAACCAGACAAAGGCAAUUAAAUGAGGAGAUACACUCUCUGAGAGAGCUUAAGCAACGCCUUGAGGAGGUACAACUACGCGGGCAGAGUGAACUACCCCAGUGGGUGUUGCGAGAUGAGAGAUUCCGGAAUUUGUUGGUAGAAGCGGAAAGACAGACAAGACAGACCAAAUUCGAACAACGACAAGAACAAGCAGCAGAAAAAAUGCUUAAAAAAGCAUCCAAAGAAGUUUUUCAGCUGCGCGGGCAGAAUCAAAAGGAACCGUUGCAAGUGCAAACCUUCAGGGAGAAGAUAGCAUUUUUUACGAGACCAAGAAAUAACAUACCUCCUCUUCCGGCUGACGACGUAUGACGCGUUUUGUUAUAAACAAAAAAAGUAUUGAUGUUUGUUUUAUCUCCAUGAAGUUAUUAAAAGUCAAAAAGCUAUUCAUAUUUUGUAAAAAAUAAAAAUGAGGAAAAAAAAAAAUAUAUAUAUACGUAUAUAAAUAUCUAUAAUUAUAUAUUUUAUAAUAUGACUGCAGCAAGGCUUGGUUUUUCCUUGUUGGAACACUGGUGUCUUUAAAGACAAACUUAUUUUAUAGAUCUACUAUACUGUUCAAGAAUGUGUACAGUUUUGAUGCUGUUAUAUGUGACUUAAUAAAGGCUGGAAAUCAGAAACAAAAUGAGAUCUGGAGAAUUCACUGUAUGUAACUUAUUUAUAGUUCUUUGUUUUCCUUGAGGGAAAAUACCUGCUUAGAAGAUGUUUUAGACUGAAUUUAUUUUUUUUCCUGGUGUUUGUAAUACAGUUGAAUUAAAUUACUGAGCUGGUUUUGUUUCUGAUACCUGAAUUGAAUAUACUAUUUGCUGACUGUAACUCUAAGAUGCUUUUUUUCUUCUCUGUAUUACGUAUCUCAUAUUCUUUCAGCACAUCCUCUGUUCUUUAUUGAAAUAUUAUCACUUCAUGGUUUUUAAUACUGAUUAAAAAGUGUAAUGGAUUUUUCAGA